CAAUUCAACGAGUCAUCCAUCGAAGUCGACGAUUUUUUUUAUCGUUAUCGCGCCCAUUUGACCCACAUUAGAAAGUUUUAUCGGAACUGCGGAGUUCAUUAAGUCGAAAAUUGUCGUUGCCAGAGGAAGCAAUGUUGGAAAUUUUGUCGAACGGAACGCCGCCGAGCAAUUUAAACUUGUUAGAGGUUCGCAGCGGGCAUCAACGCGGUCCCUCUGAAACACGCGAAUUUCACGAACUAACAAAACGCGAUGCGCAAAUCCGCUUGGAAAAAGAGCUCGACAAUCUGCUAGACACCGUCGACGAUCCCGAUCGCAAACACGAGCUACGCAACGAAACUUCCCGUUUUGCGCAACUCUUCAAUCGUUUCCUCCAAGAAGACGGUCCUUCCGUAUCAUGGGACAAAAUCGAAAAACUCCCCGAAGGCGCUGUGCGCGACUACAAAACACUCACCGCACCUGCCGCCAGCGACAUCAAGUACAUGCUGAACAAAUUGGUUGUCAUCAAGCUGAAUGGCGGUCUCGGAACCUCCAUGGGAUGUCACGGGCCCAAAUCCGUAAUUCCCGUGCGAAACGACUUGACGUUCCUCGAUUUGACGGUGCAGCAAAUUGAGAGUUUGAACAAACAGUAUGACGCCGAUGUGCCACUCGUGUUGAUGAAUUCCUUCAAUACGGACGAGGAUACGGAAAAAGUCAUCCGGAAGUACAAGGGAUUCAAGGUGAAGAUCUACACAUUCAAUCAGAGUUGCUUCCCGCGCAUCAGUCGUGACUCGUUGCUGCCUGUGGCGAAGGAUUACGACGUUGAUAAGUAUUUGGAAGCUUGGUAUCCUCCAGGUCACGGUGACUUUUACGAAUCAUUCGCACAAUCCGGUCUCCUGAACCAAUUCAUUUCCGAGGGACGUGAUUAUUGUUUCCUCUCCAACAUCGACAACUUGGGUGCUACUGUCGACCUGAACAUCCUCAAUCGUCUCAUUCAGGAACAAGCGACGGGCAAACCGCUGGAAUUCGUCAUGGAAGUCACAGACAAGACACGCGCUGACGUCAAGGGCGGUACUUUAAUCCAAUACGAGAACAAACUUCGCCUCCUUGAAAUCGCACAAGUCCCGCCAGAGCACGUGGACGACUUCAAAUCUGUCAAAACGUUCAAAUUCUUCAACACAAACAACAUUUGGGCCAAACUCACCUCCAUCGAGCGCAUUUUGCGCGAAGGUCGUCUCAACAUGGAAAUCAUCGUAAAUCCCAAAACGCUCGAAGGCGGCUUACGUGUCGUACAACUCGAAACUGCCGUCGGUGCCGCAAUGAAAUGCUUCGAAGGCGCCAUCGGCAUCAACGUGCCACGUGAUCGUUUCUUGCCCGUGAAAAAAUGCUCCGAUCUCUUGCUCGUCAUGUCCAACUUGUACAGCCUGCAAAACGGAUCGCUCAUCAUGUCGCCGCAACGCAUGUUCCCAACGACGCCACUCGUCAAACUCGGCGAAAAUCACUUUAGCAAAGUCAAGGAAUUCCUUUCGCGUUUCGCAAACAUCCCGGAUAUCAUUGAGCUGGAUCACUUGACGGUAUCGGGCGACGUAACGUUCGGGCGAGGCGUUUCGUUGCGCGGCACUGUAAUUAUUAUCGCGAAUCAUGGCGAUCGUAUUGAUAUCCCGCCAGGCGCCAUCUUGGAAAAUAAAAUCGUUUCGGGUAACAUGCGGAUUUUGGAUCACUAAACAAUCAUCUUUUGCGCGGGAAAGCCAUACUCGACAUCAGGGAUGACAAUUUUAAUCGUUUUUAUUAAAUUUAGAGAGAAAAUUUUACAAAAACAAGAAAAAGUUGAGAGUGCAAUUUAAACUUUUUGACUUUUUAUCGUUUUAUUUAUUCGUGAGCUUAAAUUUAGAGCUUUUAUUGUUUGAGAAUUUGUGUUCAUUUGUUAUUUUUUUGUACAAAUUAAGCUCAACUAUGUUAUGACUGUCGUAGAAAAUGUUGGAAAAAACAACUAAAAAAUCAAAAAACCAAAAAUUAGAGAGACAAAAAGUUUGUUAAGAUUAAAGCAAUUAGUGCUCGUUUCUUGUAUUUAAUGUAGAUGAGAAUGUAAAAAAUAAAGUUAAAC